AUGAAGGAGAAGAAAAAAGAUGUAAUCAGAUUGGAGAGAGAAGCUGUGAUCCCAAUUCUAAAACACAAGCUCACCACUGCUUUGUCCCUUCACUUUGCAGAGAAAUACGAGAGAGAUGAGUUCCUGAGAUUCUGCCAGAGAGUGGAAUGCACUAUUAGAGCUUGGUACCACCUUCACUUUGAGGAUCUUAUGCAAUUGUAUUCACUCUUUGAGCCAGUCCGUGGCGCCCACAGGCUUCAACAACAGAAUCUAUCUCCUGAUGAGAUUGAUGUUCUUGAACACCAAUUUCUUCAACACUUAUUCGAGGUCAUGGAGAAGAGCAACUUCAAAGUAAUAACCAAUGAAGAGAUAGAAGUAGCCCUCUCUGCACAGUAUCGUCUCAAUCUUCCUAUUGUAGUUAAUGAAGCUAAGCUUGAUACAAAGUUGUUGACAAGAUUCUUCUCCAAGUUUCCCCGCCAUGACCUUCCUCAUUUCGCUGAUAAGUUUAAAAAGAAUAAUAUAUGGGAAGAAGGAAACAGUAUUGAAACAGAGAAAGAUAGUUUAUACAUUGAAAGAAUCCGCAUAGAGAAGCUGAAGCUCAGUCUCUCAAACUUGAUGAGCAAGAUAACCAUACAAGAGCCUACAUUUGAGAGAAUCAUUGUAGUAUACAGGAGAGUUUCAGGGAAGAGAGAAACAGAAAGGAACAUAUAUGUGAAACACUUCAAAAGCAUUCCAAUGGCUGAUAUGGAAAUAGUACUUCCAGAGAAGAAAAAUCCAGGUCUUACACCUUUGGACUGGGUCAAGUUUCUUGUCUCUGCUGCCAUUGGACUGGUCACAGUGGUAAGUUCAGUGAGCCUGAAAAAAACUGACAUCAGAGUCAUUGCUGCCAUACUUAGCACGGUCGUGGCAUACUGCGUUAAAACCUAUUUCACGUUUCAGAGAAACUUAGUAGAUUAUCAAAGCCUUAUUACAAGAUCUGUAUAUGAUAAGCAGCUAGACAGUGGAAGAGGAACUCUGCUUCACUUGUGUGAUGAAGUCAUCCAACAAGAGGUUAAAGAGGUCAUCAUUUCAUUCUACAUGCUGAUAAAGCAAGAUCAUUCCACGAGCAAGGAAGAACUUGACAUGCAAUGUGAAACAUUCAUCAAAGAAGAGUUCAACGAAAGUUGUAACUUUGAUGUGGAUGAUGCUGUCAAGAAGCUUGAGAAGCUUGGACUUGUCUCUCGUGAUUCAGAAGACAAGUAUAGAUGCGUGAGUAUGAAAGAAGCAAAUGAUAUAAUGGGAACAACAACAGAAGAGAUGGUACUCAAGGCAAGAGGUGGUGGCGACUAUGAAGAUGAAGAGGUAGCAGAUAAUGAGCCUCAAAUAACUCCUGAAGAUGAACUCAACGCAAAGGAACAACGUUACCAAUCUAAGUUAACCGAGUUUGAGACCUUGUGGAUGUAA